UAGAGGGGCGGAGUCAUCUUUGAACCACACCAUUUUAGCCAAUCAACAUUAAAGAGUGAUUGAAUCCUAUUUUGUCCUCUGACAACCCAGAGGAAUGUGUUGUGACACCAACAAUGGGAAGAAUUUCAGUGUUCACUGAUUUUAUUUUAUUACUAUCAUACACAUUAUUGUGUAACGCUGAACCACUAAAUCUUAGAGAACCAUAUCAAAAAGCCAUCUUUAGACAUCCAAUGCCAGUCCCAGGGCCCGCACAAAGUGUACAAGCCUCAUUUCAAAACCUCAUUGAAUCCAGAGAACCUGCUUCUUGGAGGGCCGCCCAGGGCUCUCCGCCCCAAGAGUUUAUCCAGAUACCAAUGCAAGUGCAAUCGCAAAGAACCAACUACGCACCCACGCCUCUCGCUCCCAACAGGCCUUUGCAGAGCCAAUUGAAUUUUGGACUGAGUAAACCUGAAUCUCCUUCACAAACUCAACAAGGCUUCCAGAAGCCCAUGCCAAGUCCUGUUCUCCAGCCCGUGGUGAGGGAUGAGGUGGUGAUACAAUCGGAGUUUGAAGUAAAGAUCCCGGUGCCGGCAAACACUGUGGAGGUUUAUUGUGGAGAGGACUCGGUCAAAGUUCAAGCCCAGCAGGAUUUCUUAGGGAACCAUCAGUUCAUCGACCCAUCAGAUCUGACGCUUGGUGGUUGUCCUUUUGUUGGAUUUGAUGACCAUGCGAGAAUCGUUGUCUUUGAAUCUGCACUGCAAGGAUGUGGAAGCACACUUACGAUGACUGAGGAUUCACUUGUCUAUUCUUUCAUUUUGAUGUAUUCGCCUUCACCCGUUCCCGACACGCCUAUUGUGAAGUCCAAUGAUGCCAUGGUUGAUAUUCAUUGCAUUUACCCAAGGAAACACAAUGUGAGUAGCAAUGCUCUGAGGCCUACCUGGAUUCCUCAUGCUGAGAUGAGAGCUGGAGAGGACCGAUUACAGUUUUCAUUAAAACUCAUGACUGAUGACUGGAGAAAUGAACGACCCUCUAGUACGUACUUUCUGGGAAAUUCCAUAAACGUGGAAGCGUCAGUGGUCCGUGCGAAUCACGUACCCCUUCGAGUUUUUGUGGAAAGCUGUGCGGCAACUUUGGGUCCCAAUGGGAACGCAGCCACAGUUUACACGUUCAUUGAGAACAGUGGGUGCAUGAUUGACGCCAAGCUGACUGGUUCCAGCUCCACAUUCAUGCCCAGGAUUCAGGACAACAAAUUACAGUUUCAGAUCGAGGCGUUCAGAUUUCAGCAAGAUCCCAGUAGAUCAAUCUACAUAACUUGCCAUUUGAAAGCUACAUCAACAUCGAGCGCCACCGAUUCAAUGCAUAAGGCCUGCUCAUAUGUAACCGGAACUAACAGCUGGGUUGCUGUGAAUGGAGACGAUCAUUUGUGUGACUGUUGCGAGUCGAACUGUGCUAUAAGAAAGGGAAGAAGUGUCGACUCUGAAGAUUUCUCAUUGGAAGAUGAAGCUACUGUCGGACCGAUAUUUGUAGAGGAUACACGACCGGAUGAGAAGCAUUUACUCCCAAUUGGAGAAUCUUUUCGGCCUUCUUUAAAAGAUCCAGAGUUUUCCAUUGAGCUGCUGCUCGUGACUGGUUUGGUGGUAGUGGUUGGAGUUUUGUCUGCCGUUAUCCUCGGAACGUUGUUUUAUCAAAAGCGUCUGAAACGUCUUACCCUAAUAUGUGAAUGAAAAUAAAAGUAAUUUUGUCUCAUCGUUGCGUUUCUUCCUGUGGCCCGCAUUUCGUUGUUUAAAGCCCAUUAGGUUUUUGUUUCCUCUUCGUGCUAAAUGACCCAUCGACUUUUAAAAGAGCUGAUGUGGCGUUCUUUACUGGUUUGUGGCACCUUAACCAUUGCUGUUCAAGGUUCGGUGGGCAUAAAUUUGUCAUGGAGGAAUUCAAGUAUAUAUGACUCUGUUUGUAGGCAUUUAAAAGAUGCAAUUAGUUCCAGACUAUUAGUUUGAUUUGAUUGUUCAAUGGCUCAUUUGCAUAUGUUUAAUAUGGAAGUAGUUCUGAUAUAACCACUGUGAACGGCAUAUUUUUUUGUAUUUACUUUACAAUUUGCUGUAAGAGUGAAGUCUUAUAUUUACUUUUUUUUUAAUAUAAAUCUAUUGUUUUGGUGGCAGAGUAUUAUAGUUCAUGUCUUUUGAUUUGGUGAAGCAGAUUGCAUCUGUACACAUUGCCCGUAGGGGCGGGAAGAUGAAUAGAUGUAAUUAAAACGGCCAUAAAAGCUGUAGGAAGGUUUGUGUGUCAUAUAACGGUGUGUUUGUACCCAGCUGAUGUUCUGUAUAAUAUCAUCAUGUUUUACAAACACGUCCAUUCACUAAGCAGCGACCCAAUAACAAUAAAGCACAUGUUUUAUGAUUGCGGCAGUCUGCUGCCCCCUCGCAUGCAUAAAACGAGACCCUGGCCCAUAUAAAUAAGUAAAAUGCUGAUG